GUCGCCAGUGUGGAGCACGGCUAUGGCGCCCAGUUAAGUACCGCAGACGCAGGUCGCCAGUGUGGAGCACGGCUAUGGCGCCCAGUUUAGUACCGCUGACGCAGGUCGACAGCGUGGAGCACGGCAAUGGCGCCCAGGUCGACAGCGUCGAGCACAGCUAUGGCGCCUAGGUAAGUACCGCUGACGCAGGUCGCCAGUAUGGAGCACGGCUAUGGCGCCCAGCUAAGUCGCCAGUGUGGAGCACGGCUAUGGUGCCCAGUUAAG